ACCUUCACACUAGAAAUCGUGGUUGUGUUAUUCCCAAAAUGACUUCUCUUCACAUAUUGCCUCUACUCUGUCUCCUCUCUACCAUCACCUUCACUUCAUCAUCCAACCCCAACACCAUAACCAUUCCUCUCUCUCCUCUAUCCACCAAACACCCUUCUUCAGACCCAUUCGAAACCCUCAAACUCCUAGCUUCUAACUCUAUAACCAGAGCACAUAACCUCAAAAACCACAAAUCCCACGUCCUCAAAACCUCACUUCACCCAAAAAGUUAUGGAGGAUACUCCAUUGACCUCAAAUUCGGAACCCCCCCACAAACCUCCUCUUUCGUUUUGGACACUGGAAGCACCCUCGUUUGGCUCCCAUGCUCCUCUCACUACCUAUGCUCCAAAUGCAACUCCUUCCCAAACACAACGCCCAAUUUCAUCCCCAAAAACUCUUCAUCUUCGAAGCUCGUAGGUUGCACCAACCCCAAAUGCGCGUGGGUUUUCGGCCCCAACGUUCAAUCGCGUUGCCAAACCCAAAACUCCCGAACUUGCCCUCCUUACACCGUCCAAUACGGCAUGGGCUCAACCGCCGGUUUCUUACUCUCGGAAAAUCUCAAUUUUCCCGGGAAAACCGUCGCCGAUUUUCUCCUCGGCUGCUCCAUCGUGUCCAUUUACCAACCCGCCGGAAUCGCCGGGUUUGGUCGUGGCCCUGAGUCGGUGCCGUCGCAGAUGAAUCUCACGAGAUUCUCCUACUGUUUACCGUCUCACCGGUUUGACGACUCGUCGGAGAGCAGCGACCUCGUCUUGCGAAUUGGGUCCUCCGGCGACGGAAAAACUAACGGCGUCAGCUACACGCCGUUGGAGAAAAACCCGUCAUCGACGAAGAAUCCAGCUUUUGAGGUUUACUACUACCUUACCGUUAAGAAGAUCGUGGUUGGAGAGAAGCGAGUGAGGGUUCCGAGGAGGUUAUUGGAGAUAGAUGUCAACGGUAACGGUGGGUCCAUUGUGGACUCGGGCUCAACCUUCACGUUCAUGGAGAGGCCCAUUUUCGAUUUGGUGGCCCAAGAGUUUGAGAAGCAAGUGAAUUACACAAGGGCUAGGGAGGUGGAGAAGGAAUCGGGGUUGAGUCCGUGUUUUGUGGUGUCUGGAGGAGAAACGGCGUCGUUUCCGGGACUCACUUUUCAGUUCAGGGGUGGCGCCAAGAUGAGGUUGCCGGCAACCAAUUAUUUUUCAUUGGUGGAGAAAUCUGACGUGGCGUGUUUGACCAUCGUGUCUGAUGACGUGGCGGGUCCCGGCGUGGCGGGUGGACCGGCUGUGAUAUUGGGGAACUAUCAGCAGCAGAAUUUCUACGUGGAGUUCGACUUGGAAAACCAGAGGUUUGGGUUUCGGACUCAGGGCUGCAAAACAAGCGUUUAG